AUGGCGACCUUCAACAAGCAUUAUGGAAUUCCAAUGCUCUUAGCUUCAUUGUUUAUAUCCAGGGCAAUACUGUCCUAUGCUGCUGCUCACACAUCAACAACCAAACGUUUUCGAUUUAAUGUUGAGUGGAAGAAGGUAAGUCGAUUGUGUCAUACAAAGCCGGUUUUAACAGUGAAUGGGAAGUAUCCAGGGCCAACCAUUGCUGUGAACGAAGGAGACAAUGUGGGGAUUAAGGUCACUAAUAGCAUUGCCAAGAACACGACCAUUCAUUGGCAUGGAAUCAGGCAAUUCAGAACAGGAUGGGCAGAUGGACCGGCCUAUAUAACACAGUGUCCCAUAAGAGGAGGGCAGUCUUAUACCUACAAAUUCUCAGUAGCAGACCAAAGAGGGACUCUGUUAUGGCAUGCCCAUUUUGCCUGGCAACGAGCUUCUGUCUAUGGUGCCUUCAUCAUCUACCCUCGCAUGCCUUACCCUUUCAAAACCCCUAUACAAGCUGAAAUCCUCAUCAUCUUUGGUGAAUGGUGGAAUAGAGACGUGGAUGCAGUGGAAGAUGGUAUGAAGACUGGAGGAGGCGCUGAUUCUUCAGAUGCUUAUACAAUAAAUGGUCUACCAGGACCUCUUUAUCCUUGCUCUCAUAAAGAUACUUUGAUCCAGACAGUGGAGCCUGGACGAACCUACAUGCUUCGAAUAAUCAAUGCAGCUCUUAACGAUGAACUCUUCUUUGCAGUAGCCAAACAUACAUUUACAGUUGUUGAGAUCGAUGCAGUUUAUACAAAACCCUUUACAACUCCAGCCAUAAUGAUUGCUCCUGGACAAACCACCACCGUUUUGCUUACUGCAAAUCAAGUUCCUGAUUCUUCAGGCUUGUUCGCCAUGGCUGCAAGGCCUUACCUCACUUCUGUUUUCCCCUUCAAUAACUCCACAACAAUUGGUUUCUUAAGGUACAACAACAAGGGCACUGGAAAAAUCAAAGCCAGCCUGAAUAUUGAUAAUCUUCAGCUUUACAAUCUUCCAGGAAUGAAAGAUACAGCUUUCGCCACAAGAUUUGCGGGCAAUUUGCGGAGCCUUGCAUCUAAAGAAUACCCUUGUAAUGUGCCUGGAAAAAUUGAUAAACGAGUUGUUGUAGCUGUAAGUUUAAACCUCCAGGAUUGUCCUCAACAUGAAACCUGCACAGGCUACAAUGGAAAGAAGUUCUUCGCUUCCAUGAACAACCAAUCUUUUCUUCGUCCGUCGUUGUCGAUAUUGGAAUCCCACUACAAGAAACUGACGACAGGCGUUUUCACAUCCGAUUUUCCUGAGAGGCCGCCGAAAUAUUUUGAUUUUACUGGUGUAAAUCCUGUAACUGAGAAUAUGAACACUGAAUUUGGGACGAUGCUUCUGGUGGUACCAUAUGGAGCAAAGAUAGAAAUUGUGUUUCAGGAUACAGGAUUUCUCAAUGUGGAGAACCAUCCGAUUCACGUUCAUGGGCACAAUUUUUUUAUCGUCGGGAGGGGAUUUGGAAACUUCAAUGAGGCCAAGGAUCCGAAGAAAUACAAUCUUGUUGAUCCUGCGGAGAGGAACACAGUGGCGGUGCCAAGUGGGGGAUGGGCUGCAAUUCGGAUAAAUGCUGAUAAUCCGGGAGUUUGGUUCAUUCAUUGCCACCUUGAAGAGCACACUUCAUGGGGACUUGCCAUGGCUUUUGUUGUAAAAAAUGGCCCUGCUUCUGAGCAAGGGUUGCUUCCUCCUCCUCAGGAUCUUCCUGCAUGUUAAGUAAUUAAUUAGCUAAAUUUAGGGGAUUUAAAAGUGAGAUUUGCCAUGGAAUAGCAGAGAAUUGAGUGUGGGAGAUUUGUGAUUGUUGAGAAAUAUAUGUAGGUUGUGAACACAUUGAAGUGUUGUAGAAAUUGGAUGAUUCAAUACAAGGGAAAGUGUUCAAUUUGUGAAGGUU